AUGGAUCCAAAAAUUGGGGACAAGAGGCUGGCUAAAGGUAUCGAUGCUGAAAGUAGAGCAAAAAUGACAAAAUAUUCUUCACAACGCAAGUGUGGUUCACGCAACCUUACAAAGAGGAGGCUUGAGUUCAGAGACGUCAAUGCGACACCAAUUUCUGAAGUCGUUAUCAUUGAUGAUGACGAGCCUGAUGUGGCAACCAUAUCUGAGGUUGUAAUGAAGUUUCCUAUCACCAGUAACAUGCAUUUGACUUUAGAAGAGGUUGGACUGGCCUAUUACAUGUUCGUGGAAGAUCUUGCUACCGAAAAGAUACUAGUAAAAAAUGGUUCCCAGUCCUGUACUCGUAGCUCACUGUUGAGCUUGCUGCCUAACGAGUACCUAGAAGAUGAGGUCAUUUCAAUGUAUGCAUGGUAUCUCAACCUCUCUGUCAUGUAUGAUAAGCAACGUAGAAUUGAAAGCAAAUCGUGCUUUCUCCCUACUGAUAUACAGGCAGGAUUAGAGAAGUAUGUCUAUACUGCUGACAGUGUAUUCAAUGAUUAUCGAUUCAGCUACUUACGCAAUGCCUAUGGAUGCAAUAAGAUCUAUCUACCAUUGAAGGAUGGUAAGCAUUGGUACCUGGCUGUGGUGAUGAUGGAAUUAGAAGAAGUUCAUUUGGUUGACUCUGCUCCUAGGGCAAACAACAAUGAGUUUCGUGCAAAGACCGUACGCCAUAUGAUGAAUUUUUUAUAUGAUUUAUUUCGGAGGUUGUACUUUGAAUUGGGUACAACAAAGGAUCUGCCAAACAUCCGUGGCUUUCAAGUGAUUAGUCCAGAUGGGGUUCCUACACAAGAAAACAAAUUUGAUGGUGGCAUGUGGGUUUGCUUAUGGAUGAGGUUCUCAGAUAAUCUGGCACGCUAUGAUGUUGGGCCAUGUGGCGAUGUGGAUCGAAUGAGGCUAGCUCUUGACUUGGUUGGUGGGCCUCAGAAUGCUAAGUUGGAGAAAGUGAAUCGACAUGCUCAUGAACACUCGACGGCAUGGAAAAAUAUGAUACUCAAGGACAUGGCAGUCAUGCGUGGAGAUGCAUAUUUUUAA